CUAGUUCAUGUGCGAAUUUUAUAACUAUGCACACAAUUGCUCUUAGCAAUAAAUUAUGUAAUAAGUAUGGAUCUUUUUCUUGAGUAAUAAAAUAUGAAUGAAGAAAGGAUAAAAACUAUAGUAAAAAAGGUUUAAAGAAAGUUGGUAGUGAGUAGGUUCAAUCUUUUCUCUUUCUUUUUCUCAGUAGAUUCAGUCUUUGAUAGAUAUCACCCCACAUGCUCAAUAUUUCUACAUGAGUUCGCUCCUUCCUCAACCCCUCUUAGCUACAUUAUUGUUCUCUUAAGAAGGGUUCUUGGCUUCAACAGUAGCUAGUGGCUGACCACUAAGAUAUUCGUGGUUUCUGGUCUAGAGCUUCCAAUUGAAGUGCCUAGUGUUGCUCUGUAACUGUGUCAUGGAUGAGGAAUUAUAAGGUUCUUUAUUCUUUUGUUUCCCUGCCUUCAUCUUUACCCUUUUAGAGGAAGAAUUCAAUAAAGUCCAUGACUGAGAGAAGUGGUGAUCGUAAUUGUGGUCAAAAUAACCCUUAGAUUUCUUGUAUUCCACCAUCAACUUUAGUGACUCAAAUUUGUCCAAAUAGCCUUGAAAUCACUAGAACAAAGUUGGUUUCUUACCAUUCGAAUCCUUCUCGUUUCCUGAAUUUCCAUUCACUUCUGUUGAAUCUUUAUCCUGUUUCAAUAUCCUUAGUUUGAAAGCCUCCUUGUCUUCCUGUGUGAUUGUUUAGUGCUCCUUGCAUAACUCUGGUUUUGUCAGUGUAAACUAAAAAAAUGCAGAAGCCACCACAAUCAGUCGAUUUUGCUCUAAAGGAGACCUCACCAAACAUUGGUGCGGGAUCUGUUACAGGAGAUAAGCUUUCCUGCACCUAUGACCUUGUUGAGCAAAUGCAAUAUCUUUAUGUUCGUGUAGUGAAAGCUAAAGAUUUGCCUCCCAAAGAUAUAACUGGUAGUUGUGAUCCCUAUGUUGAAGUAAAGCUUGGAAAUUACAAGGGUGUUACGAAACAUUUUGAGAAGAAAAGCAACCCAGAAUGGAAUCAGGUUUUUGCUUUCUCAAAAGAUAGAAUUCAAGCUUCAGUUUUGGAGGUGUUUGUGAAGGAUAAGGAUGUUGUCUUAGAUGAUUUGAUUGGUAGGAUGAUGUUUGAUCUCAAUGAUGUGCCAAAACGUGUUCCGCCGGAUAGUCCUUUGGCACCACAGUGGUAUAGACUGGAAGAUAGGAAGGGAGAUAAGAUUAAGGCUGGGGAGCUGAUGCUGGCUGUUUGGAUGGGAACUCAAGCAGAUGAGGCAUUCCCCGACGCUUGGCAUUCAGAUGCAGCCAGCGUUGGUCCUGAUGGCGUUAACAAAAUCCGAUCCAAGGUAUAUAUUUCACCCAAGCUUUGGUAUGUUAGGGUCAAUGUGAUUGAAGCUCAGGACUUGGUGCCUAGUGACAAAAGUCGGCUCCCAGAAGUAUUUGUGAGGGGCACCCUUGGAAAUCAAGCAUUGAGAACUAGGACAUCUCAAACUAAGACUGUCAAUCCAAUGUGGAAUGAGGACUUGAUAUUUGUAGUUGCUGAACCUUUCGAGGAGCCUUUGAUUUUGACUGCCGAAGAUAGAUUGGGACCAAAUAAAGAUGAAGUUCUGGGGAAGUGCGUGAUCCCUCUGCAACUUGUGCAGAGGAGGCUAGACCACAAGCCAGUUAACACUAGGUGGUUUAAUCUUGAGAAGCAUGUGAUUGUAGAUGGAGAACAAAAGAAAGAAACCAAGUUUGCCAGCAGGAUUCAUUUGAGGAUCUGUUUAGAUGGAGGGUAUCAUGUUUUGGAUGAAUCAACUCACUACAGCAGUGACCUUAGGCCAACAGCAAAGCAGUUAUGGAGGUCUAGCAUUGGGAUUUUGGAACUUGGGGUUCUAAGUGCUGUGGGGCUGAUGCCAAUGAAGAAAAAGGAUGACCGAGGUACGACAGAUGCCUACUGUGUAGCUAAAUACGGGCAGAAAUGGAUCCGGACAAGGACAAUUGUCGACAGCUUCAAUCCAAGGUGGAAUGAGCAGUACACAUGGGAGGUUUUCGACCCGUGUACUGUCAUUACAAUUGGGGUUUUUGAUAAUGGUCACAUACAUGGUGGUGGAGGGGGGAAAGACUCCAGAAUUGGGAAAGUCAGAAUUCGUCUAUCCACACUAGAAACUGAUAGAGUUUAUACACACUCCUAUCCUCUUCUGGCCAUACAGUCUUCUGGGGUGAGGAAAACAGGUGAAGUUCAGUUAGCUGUGAGGUUCACAUGCUCAUCUCUGGUUAAUAUGUUGCACAUGUAUUCACAUCCAUUGUUACCAAAAAUGCACUACGUCCAUCCAUUGUCAGUAAUGCAGCUUGAUAGCUUGAGGCACCAAGCUAUGCACAUUGUCUCCAUGAGGCUGAGCAGGUCCGAGCCACCUUUGAGGAAAGAGGUUGUGGAAUAUAUGCUAGAUGUAGAUUCACAUAUGUGGAGCAUGAGGAGGAGCAAGGCCAACUUUUUCAGAAUUAUGGCUGUUCUAAGUGGCUUGAUUGCUGUUGGGAAAUGGUUUGAUCAAAUCUGCAACUGGAAGAACUCUCUUACCACCAUUUUAAUUCACAUCCUCUUCAUAAUCUUGGUCCUUUAUCCAGAGCUAAUACUUCCCACAAUUUUCCUCUACCUUUUCCUGAUCGGACUCUGGAACUAUCGGUGGAGACCAAGACACCCUCCUCACAUGGACACCCGACUCUCUCAUGCUGAUGCUGCUCAUCCCGAUGAACUUGAUGAAGAAUUCGAUUCAUUCCCUACUUCCAGACCAUCAGAUAUCGUCAGAAUGCGAUACGAUCGUCUAAGAAGUAUCGCAGGGAGGGUUCAGACCGUGGUCGGUGACCUUGCAACUCAAGGGGAAAGAUUUCAGUCUCUGAUAAGUUGGAGAGACCCGAGGGCUACCACUUUGUUUGUGACAUUCUGUUUAAUUGCUGCCAUAGUUCUCUAUGUCACUCCUUUCCAGGUUCUAGCCCUUCUCAUUGGCCUUUAUGUGUUGAGACAUCCAAGGUUCCGCCACAAGCUCCCUUCCGUCCCCCUCAACUUCUUUAGGAGGUUGCCUGCAAGGUCUGACAGCAUGCUAUAAGCUCCGUUCUGCCCCCAGCUUAGCUCCUACCAGCCAUAUAUUCUUAUGAUAUAUCAUGUCUUCCUGUUAUUUUUUUCUUCACGCAACUGGACCCUCUUGUGCACAACUAUAAAGUGUAAAGCCCAACAUGGCAACAACUUUCACCAUUUUUUUUAUUUAAGUAUUUUUUAUGAGUUAGUUAUAA